CUUGUCCUGCAGUCGCCAUGCAGCCGGCCACCCCCUCCGCAAACUUCCAGCUCGCCGUCCCCCACCUCUUGGCCUCUAUCACGCCCUCGCUUGCUGCCUUGCAUGCUACGCGUGUCCGCCUCCUCUACCCCUCGGAUCCGUUGUUUUCCGGCACACACUGCGCAAAAUGUGGCACCCCGCUCAUCGCCAACGACGGCCAAACGCGAUCCGUCCGCAAAAAACGACGUAAAUCAAGCGGCGGCGACGCUGUUGGCAUACGUGCUCUACGGCGGUCCUGCCGAACUUGCGGCCACGAAGAAGAUGUCCUAUUAGGUGUAAAUCGCGCGCCCGCCUUUCCGAUGCCCCGGGAUCGCGCGAGGCGCGAGCCCAGCACCAAUAAACCGCCUCGCGCUUCAAGCGUUGCUUCCCAUUCACCUGCUGAGAUGAGCUCCUCGAAACCAGAAUCCGCACGCCCCAGCGCUUCCGAACCGAUCGUAUCUUCAUCGACUCCGGGUUCAUCUCGCCCGAGCUCCGUGACCCCAACUCGCUCAAUGUCCAUUCCCUCCUCUGCUCCCUCCCCAAGGCCUCCGACGCAUGCGGUCCCAAUUGCACAGGAUCAGACCAAGAUCAAGGCUCGCCAGAAGAAGAGGUCUGGUCUGCAGAGCAUGCUCGCUCGCAACCGCGAGCGACAAGAACAAGAGAAGAAGCGCGAAGGAUGCCAGGGCGCAGGCCUGUCCGCGUUCCUGCAAGGCUUGUGAUGAGAGGCGCAGUAUGCUCCCGUUUCCUGCUCGCUCGUCUUCCGUGCACACGAUACGAGUGUGUCGCGCUUACCGUCCCGUAUCAGGACGUUGGUGGACUGCGUAACGGUGAAGUCCAUCUGCAGGACGCGGCCCCGAUAGUGGGCAUUUCUGAAACCCAUCUCCAGCUCUAGAUGCUUCCAAUGGCCAGACUUAGUUGCUAGCUCGUUAAUUUGCGUACCCAUACUGUGGGCUUGUGUCUAGCUC